AUGAUCAGAAUACAAAAUUUAAAUAAAAUUUCAAAUAAUUCGAAAUUAUUCAUCCUUUCGAGAUCAAUAACUAAUUGUAAUAAUAAUAAUAAUAAUAAUAACGAAGCACUUCAAUAUAAUAAAGAUAAAAUAAUAAAGUUAAACAGUAUAAAUGACCACAUCAGCAAACCAAAGUUUUCAAAUAAAGUAUUCGAUGUUGUAGAAAAUUUUAGUAAUUAUAUAAAGACAAAAAAGAUAUUUAAAGAUCCAGAUUUCAUUAAAGAGGUUGUAGAUACUCAUGAUACAGAAUUACCAAAUCUUUUCCUAAAGUCUCAGCUUUUUUCAAAGUUUUUAAAUUUAAAAACAAUUACUGAACUAAUAACAGACAGUAUAAAAAGAAAUAAAGAUCCAAAAGUUUUGGCAUUAUGGUUUCAAGUUGGUUUAAAAUAUGAAUUGAUUACAAAUAAAAAUGGAACUAAAUUAUAUAACCAAGUGUAUAAAGAAUUGUUAUCAAAGGGAUCGCACGAGUAUAUAGUCGAUUUCAAAUUAUUUUUAAUUGAAAAUAACUUUCAAGAACCAGAUUCAGUUAUGGAGCCAUUCUUUUUAAGUAACUCUUUUAGCAUUGAAGCAAUGUACAAUUAUUAUCAAAUUUUAAAAUCAAAAUCAUUGAAUACAGAAUCAUCAGAUAUGCAAAUGAUAAGCUCAUUAUUAAAAACAUUCGACAUUGAGUUGGAAUAUAAUAAAAGGGUUAUUCCAGAGGUUAUAGAAUUAUAUACAGGUGAUACAAAUACAAUAAUGAAAAGAAUACUGUCCUCACUAAAAGAUCCAUUAUUAAUCAAAGAAAAUAGUAAUAAUAACACUAAUAACAAUGACAAUAAUAAUAUUAAUAAAUAUAAUAUUUUAAAAGAGUUUUUAUUAUCAAAAAAUUCAAUAGAGAUUUAUAAUUCAGUUUUAGAUCAUUUCAAAACCGCACCAAAAGCAUUUAAUAUAUUUUUUAAAUUAUAUACCAAAGAGUUUAGGAAAGCACCAUCAAAAUUAAAACCAAAUAAUGAAACUCAUUUAAUAUUAUUCAAGAAUUUUUGUAUAACUAGAGACUCUGAAGUUAUAGAGUUUUUAUCGUCACUCUCAGACAAGAUAGAACUAGAUGAAACAGAGAUCACCAGUAUUCUAAUAAAGGUUGAAGUUAUGAAUGGUAACUAUAAUGGAGCCUUUGAUCUUUUUGUAGAUAUGCACGAUAAAAUUAGAAUUAACCCACAAGAUAUAAAGUUUUUAAUUAGUCAGAAUCAAUUUAAUCCAUCUUGGGGAAAACUAAAAUCAAAGUUUAACAUUGACUCGAGUUAUUUUGAUUUCAUCAACAUUGGCUGGAUGGAUUUCGCAGAGCUCUUUUUUCAUCUGGAGAGAUAUAAAAUCAAAAUUAAGGAAGAUACAAUUAAAACAGUUUUAGAUAGAAUCACAACCAAUCCCACAUUAGAGUCAAAUUUAAAAUUAUUAGAACACAUCAAACAAAAAUAUAUUUUCAGUAGCCAUUUCAAAAACCCAACUACUCUUUAUGAAGCACUUUUGGAUCCAAUGAUUCCGCUCAGCGACAGUGAUAUCGAAAGUAUCGAAAAGUUCAAGCAUUUAGAUAGGAUAAUAUUUUUGUUCAAGAAGAGACUACUCACUGAAAACAAAUCAAUCAAUAGCAUCAUCCAAUAUGAAAACGAUUACCCAGAUGGCACAAAUGAAAUCAAAGCACUAAUAGCAUAUAUGUUCAUAAUGAAAUAUAACGAGUCUACUAGUCAAGAAAGAUUCAAGGAAUUAUUUAUUGAUACAAAAUGGAUACAAGAUAGAAAAGUAUCUCUUUCAAUUAUUGUGGCAUUUUUUAAUUUAAAUAAAUUAUUCAAAAAUCCAGAUCGUUCAGUAAAUCUUCAAAAAUUUUAUAAUAAUACCAGAAACUCCUUAAACCAAUCAGUGCUUUUAAAUGAAGGAUAUGUUUACGAUAGAUUUCUAAACAUCGAAGUUAAUGAAUCACCUAAAGACGAAUGGAGUUUCGAACAUGUACCAAAAAAUAUUAAAAAAAUACUAUCGCAACAAGUAAAAGAGCUAAAUCCAAUUCCAAUCCAUCACUUUAACAGCUAUAGAAUUCAAAUGGUAAUCAUUCAAGCAUUCUUAAACGGUACAUUUGGACAUCUACCAGCCUAUUUCGACUAUAUUGCAAGCUCUAAAAUGGAUUCAAAUGAUUUAGAAGGUCUCUUUAUAUUCCUUAUUUUAAAUAAUAGUAAUACCGAUUUCUAUAAUAAAAUACCAGACAAGUUUAUUGAAAAAAUUAAAUUAUUUUCAAAACCAACUCAGUUUCAAUCAUUAUUUUUAGUUUAUUAUCACUUCAACAACAACAAAGAGUUUUAUUCAAAAGGAUUCUUCUCAUUAACCAACAUCAGUACCCAACUAUUCUUGUUAGAAGCAAUGGUACCCUUCCCAACCUUUAGGAGAAGAAUUAUAAAAGGUCUAACAACUUAUAGCUUUAGUCAAUUGGAGCUUGAAAAACUACUUUUAUUUUUAUCACUAUUAAAAGAUAAAACAUUAUUCAUAGAAUCAAUUUACUCUGCUAUAGAAAACUUAGACUAUUUAAAAUCAAAAUCGAUAUUACAAUCGAAACAGUUGUAUCAUGGAGUGGAAAAUUCUAUUUUCAAAAUAAAUGAUAAUAGAAACAAAAGUGUGGAUAAUAGUAAUAAAACAACUAUUUUAACUGAUCAAAACCAAUCUAUAAAAGAAAAUAAAAACGAAUUAUUUAAAGGUCAAAUCAAAGAAAGAACCCCAGACCAAGAAGCCACAUUACCAAAUAUUGGAUAUUUAGUUAAAUUUAAAAAGAUAGCAAAUAAAAAAAGAUCCUCUAUUGAAGAUAUGGCCCAAUUGGAAAGUUUGCUCUUUAAAUUAAAAGAAGAGAUGGUCGAUUUUACAUAUUUAGAAAAGAAACUAUUGCAUUAUAUCUGCACUCCUUUAGGAAAUAAUAUCAAGGCAAAGCUAAACAUCAAAGAAGACCUCUUCCCAAAAGACCAUAUAUUCAACUGCUUUGGUUCAAAUGCCAUUCAAAACUACUACAACUACAUCGCAACCGAUCCAAAUAUUAACAAAUUAGAUGGUGCCAAUAGUAAAGAAAACUAUUACACAAAUAAUGGUAAUUUCUUUUUAUAUAAUAACAUUGGUGAUAAAAUAUAUGAAUACACAACAAACUCAUUUUACAACUUGGAUAAAAAACAAAUUAAUGAUCUUAAUUUGAUCAAUAUAAUAUUAGAUUCUUUAAAAUAUAAUAAAAUAAAAUAA